AUGCUGUACACUCAGUUCUUUGUGUUUUUGGUGCUGCUCAGUUGUAGUCAUGGGGAGCUGAGACCUCAACAGACUCAACUGAGAUCAGCCUAUGAGCGAGUGUUUAGUCGCCGGAAGCGUGCUGUAAUCUUUCCUCCUGGCUCAUUUUUUAAAUUUACUUGCAACUUUAGCAAUGGUCUGCUCUCGACCUAUCCGCGUGGCAUCUCUUUCCAAUUGGAGGAAGCCGUUUAUUUUCCCAUACCUGGCACUAGAGACGAUCUGUAUCCAAAGCGUUUCCUGCCAAAGAAAACAACAACACCAAAGCCUCUGACAAGCACAACAGAUACGUAUGUGUAUAUACCCGGCACCGACUGGCGUUUUAAGGCGCAGACAUUGCCAAAGCCGAGGCCAAGACCGUAUCAGCCUAAUCUUCAGCCUCCCAAGACACAACGUAUUGAUCCUGACGGGUUUGCCAAUCCUCACAAGUGGCAGCAAUGGGCAAAGUAUGGAGCACACCAGGCUCAAAAAUGGGAAGGCAGCGCGAAUAAGCACCGCUCGCAAAUGACCAACAAGACCAGAUGGUCGAAAUGGACUACACCUGCGCCGAAAUGGACACCUGACUGGACAAGCCACUGGUCCGGAACUAGACCAAACGCAGUUGUCGAAUCUCGACAUUUUCAUGGCCAUCGUGACCGAAGGCAGCUCUUCGAACACUUCAGUGGACUUAGUGCACGCUUUGGAAUCGACAUCAGGUCCUGCAUAUUGCGCAGCAUAUGUGAUUCAAAGCGACUUUUAUUGCCACCAGGAUAUUCCAUGCUCCAGGAUAUGCUGCGUUUAGUGUUCACAAUGCCCCGACUAGAUGGACUGGAGGAUGAUUAUACUCGCGUUAUGAUGAAGGAUGCCGAUACCUGUACUCAGGAGUUGAAGACCAAAUGCAAUAUGAACUUAUUGAUUUGGCUUUUAAGUGGUAGAUUGGACAAAUAA